UCUUUCUCUAGUUAAAGGGCGGACUCCACAAGUCCCCAUGGCUACAGGAAACGGAAUCAUGUCUAAACCAGCCCUCACAGCUAUGAAGUCCUCCAAGGCAUCAGAGGAUGGCAGUGGUGAUCUGAAGAGAGACAGAACGGAGAGAAAGAGUGUCGGUUUCCUCAACUCUGUUAGUGUGAUCUCAGCGCUUGGAGGAGACAGCAGUACAACCACCAGCACCAUGGAGGUGGAGGCCCACCCUGAGAGCUGCUACCCCAGCCAAGGGCUCAACGGCCAGGGCAACAAACACCAGCCCCAGCCCCUGGACAUUGAGGUAGCUCAUGAGAUAGCCUACCUAGAUGAGGUGUUGGAAGCUAACUGCUGUGACCCCGGGGUUGAUACCACGCCAUCACCCUCUAACGGGAUGGCGACCACUGAGAAACACCCCAGGGAGGUCAACAUCGACGGGACUGGACCAUCUGUCAACAUCUCCAACACAGACACAACAUGCCAUGAGGUCAUAGUAGAGGGGAGAAAGCAGACUAUCUUCAUUGGACACCAGGAUGUCAAUUACACCAACAAUUCCAAUAACACCAGGCCCAACGGCCACUCUGGGCCAAUGGGAGGAAAGCAGGAGAACUACAGGAAGCAGGGAGGAGAGACAAUAUCCCCCACUAUGACCACCAUCAAGAAGGAAGCUCGUUUCGAGCUGCGGGCCUUCCAGGAGGAGAAGAAGCCGUCCAAGCUGUUCGACCCGUGUGAGAAGGAAGUGCGCGUGAAGAAGGUGCGUCCCUCGGAGGAGGUGGUAGAGCUGGAGAGGGAGAGGUUGGAGCUGAUCAGGGGCCAGGCGGUAAAGAAGAACCCAGACAUGGGGACAAAGUGGUGGAACCCUCCUCAGGAGAAGAGUCUGGAGGAGGAGCUUGAGCCAGACAAACUAGAGUCACACAGGAAGUACGAGGAGAGGAAGCAGCAGAGGAGGUCAGAGUUCACUGGUGGGAUGUCCCAGAUGUACGCCCAGUACUCCAUGACUUUGGACCCUAAUGCUGACCCUGAGGCUGGCCGCGACACGCCCGAGCUCUUCCAGAGCACCAAGGAGGACAUCCUGGUGGAGCAGAUGGACUUCUCUACCGCCAGGAAGCAGUUCCUCCAGAUGGAACACGCAAGGCAGCAGGCAGCCGAGAGGUCACAGGUCACAGCUCCCAACUCGGCCAAGCCUUUUUCCAGAUCACCAGACACCGUGAUCCACGUGGAGCGAUCCUCCGAUUACGUCACUGUGGGCUACAGCAGUUACCAGGACUCACCACUAGAGGACAGUGACACAACCACCACAACAGUCCGGACAGAGAGGAUCUACUGCAGCCCAGAAGGGUCCCAGUCCCCCACCUCUACCGUGGGGAGGGUCCUGGGUCUGGGGCUGGGACAGGGAGAGCCCAGUAAUAGUGGCCCCAGGGAGGCCUCGAUGGAGAACAUAUACAGAGACGGAGACUUUACCUGCGCCAGGGCCGUCAUGACCAUCAUAAAAGAGGAGAAGGAUCCUCUGUCCCUCCAGCAUCAUUCCUCCUCCCUCCACAGCCCCAGCGCCUCUCUGUCCUCCUGCAACCCCAAGGAAUGUGACUCCGGGCUGGACGAGCUUUCCCUGCGGUCCCUGGAUAACUCUAUGCUGGAUACCCUGUCAAAAGACUUCAGCAUGAGUAACGUAUCCGACAGCGGGGCGUCAAAUGAGACCAUGUCGGCCUCCUACCUGGGGGAGACGUCUCUGGGAGAGUACUCCUUCCCCUCCACCCCACAGUCCACUACACCCGUCAACGGAAAGAUGGAGGGAGGCACCACCAUGUCCCCUGGGGAGCAGAACGAGGGAAGUCAGAGUCUGUCGGAGCAAGAGCUGGAGUACCAUGCAGGUAUGCUGGUGCAGAGUAUCAUCCAGCACGCCCUGAUUAAUCAGAACCAGUCUCAGCAGGGUGAGGAGUGGCAGAGGCUCCUCCCCCUCCAGAUGAGGCACUCAGACGUUCUACAUCCAUUUUCUGGGAACCUUUCAUCACUACCAACAGAAUAUCAGUCACUCACACAUCUAGACCUCCACUCUCCACCACCUCCCCAGCUCCACUCACCUCCAAGCCCACUGCAGCAGUCACCAACACCCUUACAGACCCUCCAGUCAGCUCCACCCCAGUACCAGUCAACUGCAUCACCUCAGCCGCUGUCACCUCCAGCCCAGUUCCAGUCAAGUCCAACCCAACAUCAGUCUCCUUCACCCCAGCUCCAGGCCCUCCCAACCCAGGUAGAGAGACCUACCUAUGUCCAGGUAGAGAGACCUACCUAUGUCCAGAUGGAGAGACCUACCUACGCCCCCCUUCCACAGAGAUCUUCCUCCGUGGGUCCUAAGAUCCUCGUCCAGUCCGCACUCAGUCGCUCACUGGCCCUAAACCCAGACCCGGUCCCAGUCCGCACUCCUGUCCUCAUCCCUCCCCGUCCCAUAGAGCCCUAUCAGGCUCCAGAGCUGCCCCGGACCCUGGGUGAAAAGGACCAGUUCAGCUACUUCUCUAAGUACUCCGAGGCGGCCGAGCUCCGCAGCACAGCCGCAGCGACCAGAGCCCAGGAGACAGAGCAGAGCACCGGGCCGUUCAAGCUGCGCUCCCGGAAGCAGAGGACUCUGUCCAUGAUCGAGGAAGAGAUCCGAGCGGCGCAAGAGAGAGAGAAAGACCUGAAGAAGCAGAGACUGGGAUCGGUGCGGUCAGGACCGGAUCCCAGUGCCAACCAGACUGGCAGACCCAAGACGAUGACUAUCAACCCCAGGGACAAGCACAAGACCAACAGCCUGCCCGCCAAACUCAGCCUCUCUGGGAGCCUGCCACCCACCAAACUCACCCUCACCAGCAAGACGGCACCAGGUAAGAUAAAUCCUUCUGCAUCCCCCUCCUCGUCUGAGAAUCCUUCGGCAUCCCCCUCCUCGUCUGAGAAUCCUUCUGCAUCCCCCUCCUCGUCUGAGAAUUCCUCGCCCCUCUUGGACCUGGGCUGUGACGACUCUGGGGGCAGCGGGCGCCCCAAAAACUUCAUGCAGACCCUGAUGGACGACUACGAGAAUCACAAAGUGAAGCGCCGGGAGAAAGUAGAGGACAACAGUGUGUUGGAGGCCACCCGCGUCACCCGCAGGAAAAGCAACAUGGCGCUGAGGUGGGAGGCGGGGCUUUACACUAACGAGGACGGAGAAGAAAAAGAGGAAGAGGAGUAGUAGUCUGUGACUAUCAGGGAUGGAAGGAGGAGGGACAUAGCAGCAACACAACCACAAGUAUUUAUUUUACUCAAGUAUUCUGAUCACAUGACCUGUCACAUGAUCUACUGGAUGGACCAACCCGGAUCAUCAGCAAGCCCUGCCAACAGUGAAACGGAGAGACCCAUGGGAUAUGGCUGGUUGCCAAGUGACGGACAAGUAACCGUGACGACAACAACAGUGUGUUCGGGCAGGUCAUUUUGGAAUGUUUGGACUUUUCCAGAUAAAAGAUGUGUAAAGGACUGUGCAGAUGAUGACAACGAUGAGUCAUACGCCAAGUGAUCCUGAAAUAGUAGAGCUCAAUUUCGAGUCUCAUAGCAAAGGGUCUGAAUACUUAUGUAAAUAAGAUAUUUCAGUUUUUUUUUUAAAUAUUUAAUACAUUUGCAACAACAAAAAUGAAAAUAAAAUACAGAAAUAUCUAAUUUACAUAAUUAUUGUCCUCCGAGUCAAUACUAAUAAUACAUUUGGCGGUGAUUACUGCUGUGACUCUUUCUGGGUAGGUCUCUUUGGCCAUUAUUAUUUUUUAAAUUCUUCAAGCUCUGCCAAGUUGAUAGUUGAUCAUUGCUCUCCCAGUGUCUCCCAGUGUCUGCUGGAAAGCAAAAUGAAUCAGGUUUUCCUCUAGGAUUUUGCCUGUGCUUAUAGCCAUUUCAUUUUUUUUUGUACAAAAAACUCCUUAGUCCUUGCCGAUGACAAGCAUACCCAUAACAUGAUGCAGCCACCACCAUGCUUGAACAUAUGAAGUGGUACUCAGUGAUGUGUUGUGUUGGAUUUUCCCCAAAUAUAACGCUUUGAAUUCAGGACAGAAAGUUAAUUUCUUUGCCACAUUUCUGGCAGUUUUAAUUAAGUGCCUUGUUGCAAACAGGAUGCAUGUUUUUAAAUAUUUUAUAUUCUGUACUGGCUUCCUUCUUUUCACUCUGUCAUUUAGGUUAGUAUUGUGAAGUAACUCCAAUGUUGUUGAUCCAUCCUCAGUGUUCUCCUGUCACAGACAUUAAACUCUGUAACUGCUUUAGAGUCACCAUUGGCCUCAUGUUGAAAUCUCUGAGCAGUUUCCUUCAUCUCCAACAACUGAGUUAGGAAGGACGCUUUUGUCUUUUUAGAGACUUGGUGAGACGCCAUCCAACGUCUAAUUAAUAACUUCACAAUGCUAUUUUUUUCUUUUUUUUUUUUAGAUCUACCAAUCGAGGCCCUACUUUGUGAGGCAUUGAAACACCUCCCUGGUCUUUGUGGUUGAAUCUGUGCCUGACAUUCAUUACUUGGUUAAGGGUCCUUACAGAUAAUUGUAUGUGUGGAGUACAGAGAUGGGGUAGUUAUUAAGAAAUCAUGUUAACCACUAUUAUUGAACACUGAACUUGUUACAAAAUUUGUUAAUUAAGCACAUGUAUAACUCCUGAGCAUAUUCAGGUUUACCAUAACAAAGGGGUUGAAUACAUAUUUACUCAAGACAUUUCAUCUUUUCAUUUUUUAUUUUUUAUUAAUAAAAAAAAAAUUCUACAAACAGAAUUCCACUUUGA